AUGUCAAAAUCAGGUUCUAGCUCAAAUUCAGAGUAUGAAACUGAAGUUUUUGGAAAUAUUUAUGAGGAUUAUGAGGGACAAGGAGAACUAGAAGUGGAAAACGAUUUCCAACAUGGCGGAUCUGAGGCGGACACGAACAAUAUUAGUAACUUUACCAAUGUUUACAUGGACGAACCUCUCGCAGAUGAGAUCUGGUUAAAUGAAUAUUUAAAAAACAAAGCAGAAGAAGAAAGGCAAAUGGCAGAGUAUCAGAAACGGCUCGAGGGACUUACACCGAUUAAUUCACGGUAAGAAUUUUAAUAAUUCUAGAUUCUGUUCCGAAGUAUCACAUACUCGAACCGACCUGACCGCGUAGCUCAGUUGGAAGAGCAUUGCCAUUGGGCUAGUAUUCCAAAGGUCGUAUGUUUGAUUCCCGGCCCAGUGACCAUGGUCAGGCAUAUUUUUCAUGCUUGCCCGGUGUGGGUACAUACUCAGAGUAUUAAACAUCACAAGCAUCAUAUUCACAUAAGUACAUUUUUUAAUACACCAACACAGAAAAAAAUCAAUUUUAAUAAAUGUUAUAUUUUUAAAUAUUUUUUCAAUAUGAAAUCUAAGCUAAAAACGUGCCAGGUGCCGGCAAAAUAGUCACUUUUUGUAUCUUUUGUAAUACAGUAUAGUAUAAAGAAUUACCAGCUUAGUUUAUAAAAGUAUUAUUUGACAAAAUAUUGCUUUAUAGCUCACUUGCAUAGAACAAUGAAUUGAGAUUUAUUUAGUACGUAUAUAUUUUUUUAGGUGUAAAUGUGGGAACUGUAACACAAGUUUUUAAAAAAUGCAAAAAAUGUAAGUGUUGCAAGGAAGUUAAAGGAUGCCUGGCUGCUUUACAGAAAGAAAAUGUUAUACAAGCUGUUUGUGAAGAACCAAUAUGCAUUACAGGUCACCCAGGUUUUGCUGCAGUUUACUUAAAUGCUUGGAGUCCACAUUUGUCAGCUGGUUUGUUCAAAACACGCCAAGAAAGGAAGUAUCAGAAAACUGGUGCUGAAGAAAGGUAUUAUAAGAUCAAAGUUAAUAGAAAACAUGACUGA